ACGGUGAGCUAGAAGAGAAAUAACAGCAUACAGAAGGAUAUCAGAUUUUAAUUUAACUUUAAAUAGAGGUAUAUCUUUAGGAAACCCUGUGACAAGCACUGUUACUUUCUGUUUCAGAUUAAUAUGAGUCAGCUUUAUUCACCUGAAGUUGUGCUGAAGAACACAGCGGAGGCUGCUAUUGUUCCAUUAAAAGACAGCAUCUCCACCCUGAAUGAAGUCUAUCAGGCCCUGAUUAAAGCAGAUGUAGAUCCUGUUACUGGGCAAUGCUCCAACUAUGACUACAUCAGACAGCAGAUAGUGCAGGCUCAUCAACUCCUGGAGCAGUCCGAACAGACGGCCAGUUCAGAGUUAAAGAGUCUGAAUGAAAACUUGGAGAGACUUAAACAAGAUGAGGGAAACCUGGAACGUGAGAUCAAUCAUACAAAAAACACCUUAGAGAACUUGAGAACAGAGCAGGCAUCAACUGAAAAAUUACUCAGAGAUUCUCAGGGAGCUCUGGAGUUGGCCAGGACAAACCUGAAUUCAACAAAACAGACAAUUCAGAAUCAGAAAAGGAGGAAACACAAAGCUGAAAUAAUCACAGGUGUUGGGGCAGGGCUGGUAGUUAUACCAAUUGUUGGAUGGAUUGCAGGUUCUGCCAUGUUGAUUGUUGGUGCAGUUGGACAAGCUCAUUCAGCCAAUGCUAUCAGAGUGGCUGAAGAGGAAAUGAGAAGGUCUGAUGCUGAAGUGAAAAAAUAUCAAUGUGAAGUGUCUGAGUACGAGUCCAAAAUUUCACAGACCAGGUGUGACAUCAGUGAGAAAGAUGACAAGUUGAAGGAGACGCAUGAAGAAAUCCAGAAGGUGAAGAAGCAGAUCGAGUCUGUAGCUGAGUUCCAGGAGAAAGUGAGAAGUGCCGUCCACCUCCUGGGUGUUCUGAGUGGGAGGGCCAGCGUGGCUGAACAUCAGACUUGCAGAUUCAUCCUCCAGGAGCCUGUGAUGAAGGUGAUGGAGGAUGUGAUGAAGGCCACAGAGAAAAUCACAGGGAAUGAGCUCCUCUACAACAAUGACAUACCAAGGUUCCUCGAUCAGCUGAAGGAGAACAGCCAGCGAUUGGCAGACAUCUGUGCCUCGGAGGAGAACAGCUCUAAGAAUAAAACCACGUAACACUGGUUAUGUUGUUUUAAACAGACAUGCACUAAAUAAUGGAUAUUCUGUGGAUUCUUCAGUCAAUAUAAUCUUGUGCUAGUUCAAAACUGCGUGUCAGAUGUUUGUACAAAUAAAGAUAAAGUGUUAAAUAAACAAUGGUUCAUUGUGAUAGAAAUUAGGUUUAAACUGAUUGUACUGUGUCUGUAAGACUAAAUUAUAGCAGGUGUACUUUUGUUUAUGCUGAAAGAGUAACUUGCAGGAGCAUUAA